AUGUAAAUUGAAGUUGAGAAAACUUAUAAUGCUUAUUGGCCACCCAAGUAUGAUCUCUAUUGCAUGGGUUCAAAUUGCCCUGUAAAAUGCGAAUCAAAAUUUGGUUAGGAGUUUUAUGUGUCAUAAAUUGAUUGCAAUCUCAAAUUAUGUCCCUUGUGCAGAUUUCAAGAAAUGAAAUGCACGGUCCCAAAUUGUUAAAUCAGCAUUGAAAAACACUAUCUCAAAACCAAUUUUAAUCUGCAAGCCAAAAGGGUCUUUUUCGAUUUGGACAAAGAUGUUUAGGAAUAAUUAUCAAUAAGAAAGAAAAUUGAAGAAAAAUAUCAUAGACAAAUCUCAGACAUUAAACAAAGUUCUAAACCAACAGAGAAAUUGGAUUAAUUGUCGGAAUAUUUUGAAGAUGCAGUCUAUGCUGAGAGAUCCAAUAACAAAAGGUUAAUGCUUGAGAUAGAUACUGAAAUCUAAAGACUGUGGAGGUAAAUCGAAAUCGAAGAAGUUAACGAUCAACAUAGAGAAAUGCCAAAAUAAGUACCAACUCCAAGACAUAGCACUAUCUAAUAAUAAACAGGAUCUUAAAAUUCUUAUUAGAAGGAAGCUGGUUUUAAUGAAAGGUAGUUCCAUAUUAAUAGAAUUAAAUGGGGAUUUUGA